AUGACCAGCAUUGCCAGUUUCUGGACCAUGAGACAUGGGUAUUUAAGGCUGCUCCCAGUGCUGUGCACGGUGCUGAGUCUGUGUGGAGCUGCAGCCCAGAACUCAGGCUGUGCCAGGUGGUGUCCUCCGAACUCCAAGUGUCUCAGUGCCGACACCUGCCGCUGUGAUGCGGGAUUCAGUUCAGUGGAGGAGCUCAUCACCAGCCCGGACGGCAGCUGUGACGACAUCAACGAGUGUGCACCACCUUUGAGGACAUACUGUGGGAAGUUUGCGGACUGCGAGAACACAGAAGGGAGCUAUUACUGCACGUGCAGCCCAGGAUAUGCACUCGAGUCUGGGGACAAAAUAUUCAGGAACGAGAGUGAGAACACGUGUCAAGACGUGGACGAGUGCCGCUCCGGACAGCACCAGUGCCACAGCUCCGCCGUCUGCGUCAACACCGUGGGGUCCUACAGGUGCCGCUGCCCCCCGGGCUGGCGUGUCCUGGAGAGUCUGGAUGAGCUGCUGGAGACCCCUGGGGACCUGCAGACCCUGCCUCGCUCACAGCAGCACUGUGUGGCCACUCAGCUGCUCCUGGACCUGGAAAACACACUGAGAGUCCUGGGCCAGACCCUGCCGGAGGGGUCACUCACCUUCCUCGGUCCUGCAGACACAGCACUGACCCUGGAGUUGCAGGUUCCAGGCGACAGGCAAGUCACCUUGAGUCAGAAUCAGACAAAGAUGCAGCUGACCUGGGACCUGGCCCAGAAACCCGGUCACCCAGGCCCCUCCAUGGUGGGCCUCAUCUCCAUUCCCAAGAUGGGCAAGCUGCUGGCUGAGGCUCCGCUGGUCCUGGAGCCAGCCCAGGAGGCAACUGCUGAGACAAACUGGGGCCCACACCUGACACCAGCCCUGCUCUCCGAUGUCAUCACAGCCUUCCUGAGCCACCGGGACACGCAGAACCUCAGCUCCCCGGUGACCUUCACCUUCUCCCACCGGGCGGCGAGCGCUGGGCCGCGGCGUGGGGUGCUCUGCGUGUCGUGGCUCGGUGGCCGGGGUGAGUGUGGACACUGGGUCACCACGGGCUGCGAGACGGUGGACACCGGAGACUCCAGCACCACCUGCAGCUGCUCCCACCUGAGCAGCUUUGCCGUGCUCAUGGCCCACGAUGGCAGACAGGUGAGACCAUGCGCAGCCUGCGCUGUCACCGGCAGACCGGCACCCACGGAGCUGUGGAAGUGA